GGAGGAGGAGGAACACCAUCUCCCGGGAUGGUGCUGCUGCCCUGGCGAUGGGUGAAGUCAGUCUCAAUCUGCCCCCGCCUGGGGCCAAGUCGUUGCCCCCCACGAUCCAUGUCCCGUCUCUGGCGUGGCAUUGCUCAAUUACUGCUGGGGGUGGUACUGCUCCUGGUGCUAGCUGUGGUCACUGCUUUCACCGCAGGUCCCCUGGAGGAAUGGUUCCUGCAGCCAGUUCUGCUCUCUUCUCAUGGCCAGAAGGGCUUGGCCGUGGGAGGGGAGGGGGAUGCUCCCUUCGACUGGGUUGGGCAGCGCAGUCGUGACUCCAUCUACCGGCUGACCAACCCGGGGGUCUGUGCCGGAGAGGCCCCAUUCCUGGUUGGCCUGGUGGUGAGCAAGCCAGCACAUUGGGACAGCCGCCAGGCCAUCCGCGAGAGCUGGGGCUCAGUGCAGGAGGUCAGGGGCCGCACGGUGAGGACUCUCUUCGCUCUGGGCAGCCCGUCGUCCCCCCAGGAGCAGGAGCUGAUCGACCGGGAGGCGGGCACCUACCGGGACGUGGUGCAGGGGCGUUUCCGGGACUCGUACCUGAACCUGACCCUGAAAACCCUGAUGGUCCUCAGCUGGUUCACCAGCUACUGCCCCCGCAGCCAGUUCCUUCUCAAGGUUGAUGACGAUGUCUUCCUGAACUACUACAGGCUGGUUGAGCUGCUGCUAGACCGUGGCCUGGAGCUGGGUCUUGGGCAGGACCUCUACCUGGGCAGGGUCCAUAGAAAUGUCAGGGCCAUACGUGACCACUCCAGCCUUUACUACGUCCCAGAGUCUGUCUUCCCUGCUGAUACUUACCCGGACUACUGCAGCGGGACCUCAUACAUUCUCUCUGCUUCUGCAGCCCGCAAGGUCUACCGGGCCGCACUCUCCCUACCCCUGCUCCCCAUUGAGGACGUCUUUGUUGGCCUCAGUGCCCAGCGAGCGGGGGUGCCCCCCACCCACUCAUCCAGGAUGUCUGGUAGCCUACAGUUUCACUUCAGGCCUUGCUGCUACCAAACCAUUAUCACCAGUCACCACAUAGAUGCCCAGGAGCUGAGGAACAUUUGGGCACAGGUCAAUGGCAGCCAGCCCUGUUCGGCCAUCGCCAGGGUGAGUGCCCUCUUCAUCUGCAACCUACUCAACCUGAGGGAGCUGCUCCGUGCCUCCUAGGAUUCACUCGCUGCCUCCCAAAAUAACAGGGCACAGACUCUGACGGUCAGAGCCUCACUACGGAACAGCACAGUGCGCUU